CACGACUGCUUUUGCUCACCUCUUCGUUCACCUCUUUCUUUUCUGCUACUGACUCUUGUGUCUUCUUCAAGCUUGUGCUGGUCGGUCUGCACAUAUCUAUACUCCAGACCUCCCACCACGUCGGCCAUGUCCAACUGUUAGUCUUUGUUCCGGUCGUCAAAGCAGCAGCACGCGUCGCGUGGUUCUGUCAGCAUACCCCUCCCUGCCAUUCUCGACCAUCACUUGGACGAGCCGCCAACAAGCUCGGAAUAUCCUUAUGAAUGGCAGCUGCUGUAUUCAUACCACCCUCACCCCAUGACCCCCUCGCAAAAAUGGCCAAUGUCUCUCGCCGAGUCCCUCUGGCAAGCCUUUCCAACGCCACAAAUUCUCCCCACCGUCCUCUCACCAACAGUGGUUCCAAGCGACCGAGAAGUCUAGCCAACAUCUCUCAGCAAGAGAAUGAACCGCCACAGAAACGUUUGGCGGUCGAGAAAAGCUCCAGGGAUGCCCAUAACAACGUCGCCACGCCUCAGAGGCAGCCGGCCCCGACUAUGGCCGAGGGCCGCGUCUUCGAACGAGGGCACGGUGAAUCGGGGUCUACUGCUUUCCAGAAAAAGCUGGUAGCUGCUCGUGAGAAGACUGCAGGGCUACGGGUGACCAAGAAUGUGGAGGCGACCUCUAAGGAAGACACUAUCCGCACCUGGCAAAAACAUUAUCGAAAACUCUUCCCGUCCUACAGCUUCUACUUUGACGGAGCGUCGGAGGAGGCACGGGCACGCUUCCUUCGACAGAUCACGAGUCUUGGAGCGAAAGAAGAAAGGUUUUUCUCCAAAGCAGUCACACAUAUCGUCACUACUCGUCAUAUUCCAGCAGAGUCGGCACUGCACAAUGAUACUGCUGGGCCUUCUCCGACCGAAGACCAGCCUCAAACCAUCAAUCCGUCGCUGCUCGAAAAGAACCCACGUGGACACGCGCCUACGAAUGGAAGACGUGAUGGGAUGAACCAUAUGGACAUACUAGUAAGGGGCAAGGAGAUGGGAAUGAAAAUAUGGGCCGCAGAAAAGCUACAAAGGGUGCUGGGCUCGAUAGUUGGAGAUGUCGGCAGUCUGACUCACCACUCUCGGGGGACCACUCAUGCAAAUCGAAGCCAACAUGAAGACUUGGGCCAAGUGCUGAAGAAUGAGAAACUGGCAGCGUCGUCUGAGAGGGAACAACCAUUCUUAUCACUGGUCGCCUUCAAGGGCCCAUUCAUCUACGUUCACGACAUGGACGAGAAGUACCGUCCCACGAUGGUCAGGGAGUACCCUAGAGUUGCCCGACGCUCCGAUGGAGAGUGGCCCCAGUUCCGGUCUGCAAGUAUCGGAAAAUGUCCCUUUGUGGAGGAUCCAACCAUGAAGAGGGAACUGGAACAAGAGCAGCGGACCAGAGCUAGGAUGGUUGGUAUGCAACAGCAACAACAGCCACAGCAACCUGUGCAGCGCACAAGGUCGCAUAUGGCAGUCGGACAAGCAAACCUCGAUCCUCCGCCACGUCGUACGAGUCCAGGUAAAGCUCUACAGCCGGUUCGCAACACGACCAACGCACCUGUAGACCCGGACUGUGACCCCAGGGAUAAAAAAGCGCAUCAUUCGACCCACGAACGGCAACCUUCGUUCCCCCCGAUGCCAGAGAGACAGUUCGAGUUCGUUCGACCUGCUCAGCUACACAUGGCCCGUGAGCCAGCAGCAUCUGGGAUACAAAGGUCCAACCUGACCUCUGCCAUUCAAUCACAGAUGAUUUCUUCCACGGCUGCCACUGGCGUCAAAGCCGGGACAAGCAAAGAAGUCCACCACCAACUGAAACGGCAGGUGUUGGAACGAACCCAUACUGGCAGUCUUUCUGUUGGAUCUAUACCGUCAUCACAUAGGAUGACUGACCUGGCUGGUGCACUCAAGAACGUUCGGGCUCCUGCGCCACAAAGAGCAGCUAAGAGCAAGGCGCAAGAAAAAUUGGGAGGAAUUCAAGAAGAAGACGCUCAUGAAGACGACAUCGCUGCCGAACGAGCUGCCCAGGCUAGUCGGAAAAAGAAGGCGGCCAAGAGAGACCCUAAGCCAGGCUACUGCGAGAAUUGCCGCGACAAGUAUGAUGAUUUUGAAGAGCACAUUAUUUCACGCAAACAUCGAAAGUUUGCUACGACUCAGUCGAAUUGGACUGAACUUGACGCCCUUCUUUCCAAGUUACAAGCAUGAAUGGAGAAAGACACCCCAUUCGCGAGGAGUUUCAUUGAACUGAGCAACGUCCUGCUCAGAUGGGAAUCAACAGACCAGGCGAUCAGCAUUUCCGCUCACAUUGAUUACGAGCAUUGAAUAACCUUUUGCAUUUUAGCGGCAAGCAUGUUUUACUUUGAAGCAUCAACAGUGCCAAAACGAUAAUACAGAAAAGUGAAAAGAGGCAGGGUUCGAUGGGUUGUGAUGGCCUUGGACCCGUCGACCAGGCCAUAUUUUAAUUCAGAGCGGCCAUUGUUUGAGGAUUGAAGCCAGGAGUGAUGAGACGAGGGAAGUGUACAGGAAGAUGAAGGAUUGGACGGCCAUACGUCAGUUGAUGAAGCAUAGCGAUAUUUGAUGGUGAAUUUAUUGGUUCACGUUGCAUUGAAAGGAGUCUGGCGAUAUUGAUAUGGCAAUUAGUGUGCAGUUCACUACAUUAGCCCUGUGAUGCAUGGAGGCUGCUCCGCUGCUUGAAUUGUGAUAGGAUUGAAUUGAACGCGUUCAUGAUACUAUGGUACUUGUCUGCAC